AUGGCAGCACCAAUCGCUUCAAUGUCGACAGCCGCAGCGCCGCCCUCGCAUCUGAACGGUGCCGGCGCAGUGUCUGCAGAGGUGCUUCGAGAGGCCGAGUUCCUCCAGAAGAUUUUGCAGAUACGCGAUGAAGUGCUUGCUAGCAAACACCCGCGUAUUCAUCUUCCACCCAAAGUAAUUGAACAGGUUGCACCGCGUCUUCCGCAGACUGCUUCUAGCAGACCCACGACCAACGGCACAUCCAACGCAUCUUCGUCGCAGCUGUUUCCUCCGCGUCCAGCAUCCUCCACACGGCCUCCCACAUCUCCUAUACCCCCUACACAGCGACCAUACUCGGCCAAGUCUUCCUCUUCGAGCAUCGAUCCCAUCUUGCUCACAAAAUCCGAACACCUGGUCAAGGCAGAGCAGCAGCUGAAGCGGCAACAGAUAGAGCGCGCCCUGAAGGAUCAGUUCGAUAAAAAGGGUCGUGGCACCGAUGCAGACGAGCGAGAAGCUCUCAUCGAUGUCGAGCAGUGUUUGAUCAAGGCUCACCAGCUGGUUCCGCCUGUGUCUGGCUUACCGUCUCUGACUAACAACAGCGAUGACGUUGAGUCAUUUGACGAGAAUUCGUACUACUCUAGCAAGGCGAACAGUUGGUCCUCAGAGGAUGUUGAUCACGCUGACCACGCCCAUGCUGAUGUAGCUCCACUGACUUCACAGGCGCAGCCAGCAGCCCAGCAUGUGAAUGUCCACUCUCGCCCGGCUAAGCCUACUGUGAUCGAUCUCGACGAAGAGGCCUAUGAGCCGGCCGAUGACAUAGAAAUCUAUGAACCCGAGCCUGCACAACUGCAUGAGGAUGGUGAAGAAGAGGAAGACUACUCUCCGCCUCCAGCCGAGAUCGGCCCAAGCGAGCCUCUUAGGGGUCGGCAGCGCAACCGCCAUGGGGGUACGAAUGGAUCACGCCGUGAAAGCCCGAACGGUCCUGCAGCACCAGUUCAAAACCCUCGCAAGCGGAGAAGAGAAGAGAAGCGCGAGCGCGACGAGAAGAAGCGCCAACAACAGCAACAGGCUAGCAAACGUGUCGCCAACUCGCCCGAGCCGUACAUCAAAGAAGAGCCGCAGUCACCUCCUCCUUUCGCUACAUACCCCGAUUCGCAGCCCAGUAAACGACGUGCGCUGCAGCCUCAUCCCGAUGAAAUAGAGCUUGUAUCCGCGCAGAACAGUCCCAGGUUGCAACCUAUGUAUUAUCGUGAUCCGGAACCUCUCACACGAUCUUACCGCGAGUACGAUGAGCCUUCGUCUCCAACUGUCAUACACACACCACAACGUAAAUCUCUACGUGAUGAACAAGAUCUCAGGCGGGUUGCAAGUCUUCAAUAUGCACGACGACCUUACUCGCCAGGUGGUGGUGGCAAUGAGUUGUACGCAGCACCCGAGCCUCGCCAGAUUCGCGCAGCAUCUCACGCCUUCGUCGAUCGUACUGAGGCACCGAUGUACCGAGAAGCGUCAGCUCGCCCAUCAGCCGCACCCAGAUACAUACGCGAACGUUCACGAUCACCUAUCCAUGAAUACAUGCCAUCCCAGCAGCUCAUGGCUCCACCGCCACGCCGUAUUGUCGUAGAUCAGUUUGGAAACAAAUACUACGCAGCACCAGUGGAUGCGCGAGAGUCGAUGGCGCCACCUAGCAGACGAGUGGAGGUUGAGCCAUACUAUGAGCGGGCUGUAACGCGGGAGCCAACAAUGCGUGCACCCGCACGUGCAGAGUUGUAUGAAGAGGACGCUGUUCAGAGGAUGCCUCCACCGCCUCGACGCUACGUUGAGGCAUCAGAGUCUGAGAUGAUUGAGAGUCCGUAUCGGCAACGGGAGCCAUCCCGGCGUCCUGUAGAGGUGGAAUACAGGCCUGCGCCACAAUAUGAAGAGAUGGGCCCGCCACGAGAGUACGCGUCUGCACGAUCGUACAGUAUGCGCCCGGAGGUUGUUCGACGAGAAGUGCCUGAAGGUUAUGUUCGCCAUGAGAGCAUACAGCCAUCUGCGGUUCGCGCCUCACAGCCUCGGUUCCGUGAGGCCCGUCACGGCUGGGAGAAAAUGGCACCGUCCACUGCCUUUUCCUUCUCGAGGUCCAACCACGAAAUGCCCGUCACAGCUCCGAUCAAGCGUCCCUCGACGGCGACGUCACAGCCUCCCGUCAUACCGCCCGGCACCCAGGUCAAUCUGUCCUUCAACGUGCCCUUUUCUUCCAACCUCGCCGGACCCGACCCGGACGACAUCAUGUGGGCAAGCCCGGGGGCGAAGGCGCGGUGGACUCACCCGGAAGGCACGGCAGAUGCUACCCCGACACACAAGCUGCCUGUCCACGCCCAGAAUGUCGACAACCUGCGGAACCUGUGUCGAGAAGUGAGCGAGCAGACUGAGGGACGUGUCUCGGCCAACGUCACGUCGGCCGAGUCGAAGCCGCUACCCGGCCUGCAGCGGGGCCCGUUGCGGGCGCUCGUCACCAACGUGUGCCUGUCUGGCGAGCUGGAAAUAGUCAACUCGAUGCGCUGCCGCAUCUUGAACUCGACGCCCAUCUCUCUGCGAUCGUCCUUUGUCGAUAUUGACUCGCAGCUCAUCAUCGACCCGCCCUCGCAGAACGUCAAGGGUGCCGUGCUUCAACAGCUCGACAUGAUUUCAAAGGCCACCAAGGCUGACAUCUUCCUGCUGAUGCCCAAGCAGCCCGACAUCGAGACGGCGAGCUUCCAUGGCAACAUCGACACAGGCAUGGACCCGCGUCUGCGCUGUGCCAUCUACGGCGAUCUCGAGACCAUGGAGCAUGCAAAAACGCGUGUGCUGAUUAUGAUCGACCAGAUUCUCAAGCGGACCGUCGAUACCAUGAAGCUAGAGCUGACUAUGCAUACGUUGAUAUGCGGACGUGGGCGCAAGAAUAUCAAGAUGAUCGAGUCUGCCACAGGCACAGCCAUCUACUUUCCCCCACCCUUCCCUCGCCUGUUUGGCUACACACCACCGGGUGCUCAGCGAAGGCCUGAUGACCUAGUAUACAUUACGGGUGAGAACUCGGAAAAUAUACUGCGCGCCAAGCAACGUCUGCACGAUCUUGUCAUGUCCACCAAGGUCUUUGUGAAGCCUGUCAUGGUCACUGACACCAAGCUUGACGCCAUCUUGUUGGAGCGUCUGGACAAGGUGCGCAAGAUUAUUGAGAACAACGGCUCGUACAUCCUACUGCCCCCUCUUGGCGUUCAGCGUGGUGUUGUGCGUGUCCAGGGCACUGACGUCUUGCAUGUCGAGCGUACUGUGCGCGAACUGAUGCAGCUUGCCGGCCAAUUCUACAGUGCUUCGUGGUUCAUUACCCAUCCCGACCCUACGCAGCGACCACCUACACCCGCCGAUGUUCGUGCUAUGCUCUCCGAUAUCUGCAUCAACUCCGGCGCCGAAGUCAGCUUUGAGAAGCUAAACUUCCACAUCUAUGGAUCUGACGAUGCUGUUAGAGCUGCACUGAUGGUCAUCAGCAACAUCCCAUUCGUGAAGAAAUCUCAGUACAACAUGAGCGUCAAGAUCGAGCUCGCAAACGAGCACAAGGAAUUCGUCAGUGGUAAGAAGAACGGCAAGAUCAACAAGAUCAUGAGCCACAGCAGUGUUCAGAUCGUCUUCGAUGGCUUCAACGAGUACAACUUCUACAUCGUAGUCCGCGGUGCUCAGUACGAGGCCACAAAAAACGGUCUAGAUCUUGUCGAACAGGAGAUGCCUGCUUCUAUCUCCUUCCAUGUUCCUGACCAGUACCAUAAGCGUAUUAUCGGUAUCGGCGGUCAGCACAUCCAGCGCAUCAUGAAGAAGUACUCUGUCUUCGUGAAGUUCUCGAACGCCAUGGACCGCGGCGGCUUCGGUAAAGAGGAGGACGACAUCAAGGUGGAUAAUGUCAUCUGUCGUACUCCUGCGCGCAAUGCUCAGAAUCUUGACUUGGUCAAGCAAGAGAUCAUGGACAUGGUUGAAAAGGCUGAUGCCGAGUUCGUCUCUGAGACUAUCAACAUCAACCGCCUAUACCAUCGAGAACUUAUUGCUCGUUUGGACAAGAUCGACGAGUUGGAGAAGAAGUUCAACUGCAAAAUCACCUUCCCCAGCACUGAGGAAGCUAGCGACAUUGUUACGGUGUCCGGUCCUGAAUAUCAGGUGCCAUUCGCAGUCGACGAGUUUUUGGGUAUGGUUCCGGAAUCCCACGAUCUUGCCUUCCCUUCUACCACCGAACUCAGCGAGUACCUCCGCUCUGCCGAAUUCAAGGCCGAUAUUCUCGACAAGCUCAAGACCCAGCACGAGGUCGAUGCUCAGCUUCAGCAAGCGCAGACGGAAACUACCGAUGGCAAAGAAGAGCAGAUCGAAGCCUUCCACAUUGUCUUCACCCGAAACAAUGCUGGCGGAUUGAAGGACGCCAUCGACUUUCUUCUCAACAAUCUAGUCAUGCAUGGGCUUGAUACUAACACCGUCCGUGGAGCUCUCCCACGUCCCAAGUCUGACUCAUUCGAAGACUCCUUGCCCUUCUUCGAAUCUAAGCUGCUCCAGCGUGCGGAGCCGGCUGUUGAGAGCACCGAUUCGCCGACUCGCUCUCACUUUGGUGACGAUGAGCCUCGCGGUAUGCUCGACCGCCUUCGCAAACCAGGUAGCAUGUCGUCCUUUACGUCCAUCUUCAACGGACGUAAGAACACCAACUCACCCGGUUCGCUCUUCAAGCAUGCGUCUAGCAACGCUUCGAAGGCAUCCCUUGCCAGCCUUGAAUCCACCGGUAGCUACCGCAACCCGUGGAAUGACAGCGGCAUUAACCUCGCGGACGACGAGCACCACAACAACGGCUGGCCUAUGCCAGCCCCUCGUUUUGAGUCCAAGUUUCCUUUUGGUUCCUCUUCCGCGGCGCCUGGGGAUGUGACCCCUAGGUACGACCCGCGGGGCUCCGUGGACAGCGGGCGCCCCAGUACUUCUCAUUCUGCAUCUGGAUACCCGGCCCCUAUUGGGCCUCCUCGUUAA